AUGUCUGACUACUUGACUUUCUCCUCCGAGCCUUCGGGUCGCCAUGAGGGCAAGAAGCAUAUCAUCAUUGUAGGAGCAGGUAUUAUUGGUGUCUGCACCGCUUAUUACUUGGUGAAGCACCCCAAGUUUGAUCCUGAGAAGUAUCACAUUUCUUUGGUUGAAAGCAAACGUGUUGCUGGUGGAGCCAGUGGUAAGGCGGGUGGCCUUUUGGCUCUCUGGGCUUUCCCACAGCAGUUGGUGCCUCUUUCGUUCCAAUUGCAUCAGGAGCUUUCGGAUUUGUAUGACGGUGAGAACGUUUGGGAUUACAGACGUCUAACGACUGUUUCCAUCGAAGGUGACAUUUCAGGUUUUAAUCCAGAGGACGAAGUUGAUUCAGAAUCGGAGCGCCAGGUCACCCAGUCGGCUCUGCCCGAGUCCGAGUUCCCUCCCAAAAAGACAUCCAAGGUAACCAAGCAACGAGAUUCCAAGAAGUUGCCUACAGACUUGAACUGGAUAACGGAACAGUUUGUUAACCUGUGUUCUUCCUUAGGAGGAAAAGACACCACUGCUCAGGUCCAUCCGUACAGAUUCACGAACUUCAUCUUGAAGAAAGCCGUGGAAGACUCCAACGGUGCUCUCGAACUUAUUCUAGGCAAGGUCAACAAGAUUCUAUAUCUGAUGGACACUGGAGUUGCUACCGGCAUCACUUACGAACCUACAAGCGCAAAGAAAGACGUUCACGAACCCGUGAGCUUGAAAGGUGACCAAAUAGUUUUAUCUGUUGGCCCUUGGACCUCAAAGAUUCUUCCUGAUUGUCCAAUUUCUGGAUUAAGAGCCCAUUCUAUUACUAUUGCUCCUCAUAAUGACCAACGUGUGUCGCCAUACGCUAUUUUCACCGAAUACAAGGUAGGCAAUAAGUAUGUGUCGCCAGAGAUAUACGCAAGAAAAGACGAGGUGUUCGUCUGUGGAGAAGGUGACUCUGCAGUUGAUGUUCCAGAGACAACCGAUGAUGUUGAAGUGGUAAAGUCGAAAUGUGAUGAUUUGUUCCUGCAAGUCGGGAAGAUGUCAUCUAUGUUGCGUAAGGGACGUAUAUUGAAGAGGCAAGCGUGCUACUUGCCUGUGUUGGACGUGCCUUCUUCAAGCGGACCAUUGAUUGGUGAAACUAACGUUGACAAUCUUUUCUUAUGCUCGGGCCAUUCGUGUUGGGGUAUCAAUAAUGCACCAGGAAGUGGUAAAGUAAUGAGUGAGCUCUUGUUGGAGGGCAAAGCAAAAUCAGCCAACAUUUCGACGCUAGAUCCUUCUCUUUAUUUCGAUGCAUCUGUUCUAGUCGACGAGGAGGACGAUGUCGAGGAAAAGAAGGCGGAACCUAAUGAUAUGUAA